ACAAGUCUCUUCAGCUGUGUUUUCACCUCAGGUGGACUGUGUCUGUACUGUAUUUAGGGACAAGCCAACACUCUGUGGUAUCGGAGUACCAUAUCAGCUCACACAUCUGGAUACAGUAUGGGGACUAGAGGUCUGCUCAUGACACUGUGUCUGGGGAUUGUCAGUGUGUCCUCUGAAGAGUUACUGCAUCGACAGAAGAGAAUCUGGAUUGUAGACUCUUUUAAGAUAGAAGAGGCGAGGCCCGGACCUUAUCCUUAUGUACUGGGGACCGUUCAGAUUGAGAAGGCGUUCCGUGUGGGUUUCCAUCUACAUGGUCAAGGGGUUGAUCUGGAACCCAGAGGAAAACUGUCCAUCAACACAGACACCGGAGAUAUCGUAGUUCAUGGAGAACUAGACUACGAGCUUUACCAGAAACUUAAGCUGACAUUUGAGGCCCGAGAUACAUCCAAUAAUGCAUUGGACACCCGGCUGGGAGUGGAGGUGGAGAUUCUAGACAUCAAUGACAACCCCCCAGUUUUCCAGAGUAACACUUACACCAUCAACCUGAAAGAGUCUACUUCACAGGGAGAUUUUGUGACAGCUGUAGUUGCAACAGAUAAAGAUCAAAGCAACACAAACAAUGGCACCUUUGACCUGAAGAUUGUCUCCAUCACCCCUACGCCCCCAGACAACCUGGAGUUCUUCCUUGAGCAAAGUGGUCCAACUGGAAUCAUCAAAUUCAAAGGGUGUCUGGAGCACGAGAAAUCAAAGAAAUACACCAUCCUGGUGGAGGCUAAAGAUCGUGGAGAGGUGGUUCAGCUCUCCAGCACCUGUACAAACAUCAUCACUAUAGAGGAUGGAAACAACCAUCUGCCUGUCUUCACUGGGCAAACGGGUGCAGGAAGCAUCAAGGAGAGAGACAGAGGUGAUGUACCAAUUCUUCGGCUCCAGGUUUCAGACCAAGAUACCAAAGGUACUGUAGCCUGGAAGGCCAAAUACACUAUCCACGGAGACAAGGACCAGAACUUCAGAAUCACCACUGAUCCAGACACCAACGAAGGAGUCUUGUUUGUUGAAAAGCCUCUGGACUACGAGGAUGGCUCUCAGAGGAACCUGUCAGUCAGUGUAGAGAACGAGGCGCCCUACUUCUCUUGUAAGGUCAAAGGUCGUCCUGCCAUGGGCCUGUGGAAUGUGGUCACCACAGGGGGGGUAACUUUGACAGGUGAACAGCCCCUGCUGUCCACCCGCCAGGUGACGGUCACGGUGGAGGACAUCAACGACCCGCCCAUCUUCACCCCCACCAUCAAAAAUGUGACGGUGGAGGAGAAUGUGGAGGUUGGUUGGUACCUGGAGACGUUCACUGCCAUCGAUCUGGACAGGAACCAUGCCAACACCUUCAAGUACGUGAAAGAAAAGGACCCUUCUGACUGUGUGGCAGUAGACACAAAGACCGGCAAAAUAACCACAACUAAGAUCUUAGACCGAGAGUCACCUUAUGUGAAGAACAAUGUCUAUCAAGUGACAGUGAUUGCUAUUGAUGAUGGCCAGCCUCCCAUGACCGGAACUGGAACGCUCAACAUCCACCUGAAGGACCAGAAUGACAACCUUCCGGAGCUUGAGAUGGCCACCAUGGACAUGUGUCUUUCAGAUGAGCACACCGAGGUCAACAUCACAGCCUACGACCUGGAUGAAGAACCCUACAGCGGACCCUUCUACUUCCAGCUCCAAGGGGACGAUGUCAAGGGCAAGUGGAGGAUUGACCCCGACAAUGGCUACACAGUGAACCUGGUGAAGGAGAACACAGUGUACGCAGGUCACCACGAGCUGCUGCUGAAGGUGUUUGACCUGCAGGGUCAGGGUGCCCUCCACAACCUGUCUGUUACCGUGUGUGACUGCUCCAGGGUGGCCAGCUGCCGCAUGCGCAGGGCCACUGGAUCCAAGAUUGGAGAGAGUGCUGUAGGGAUUGUCAUUGCUGCCAUGUUGCUACUACUAGGUUUUCUACUGUUGGCUCUCCUGAUGACUUCUAAGAGAGAUCUGAAGCUGAUCCCUCUCGAUGAAAUCUCUGGAGAACAUCUGCUCAAAUCUAACAUUGAGAUCCCAGGAACUGAUUGCAAGGUGCCUACGGCUACCAUACUCCAAGUGGACAGCCAGGUGGAAACGAAAGCUGCUUUUCAACCCACCAAGAAGAUGUUGGCUGUACAGAAGUCAGCCAGUAUGCGAGCACAGGUACGUUCAGGAUAUUCCAAGUAUUCCUCCUCCUACCAAGAGCAACAACAGGGAGAGUUUCAACGAGGAACCACCCUGCGCAAGAGUGCGCCCACAAAAUUACGCUCCAACGGUUAUUAUGAACAGGUGUCAAUGGUGAGCAGAUCAAUGAAGACAAGAACAAGAUACUCCUCAUGGGAAGAAGAUAAUUGUCUCGACAAAUCCGGGCACUUGAUGACCCAACUGAAUCAGAGGAUGUACACCCUGCAAGUUCAAGGAGAAGAGCUGGGGGACUAUGCCCCGCACCCCUACGUUGAAGAGGGGGACCUAGAGACAGACCUCCAGCUGGAUGCUAUUUCCAUCCCUGAGACCCUCUUCGACCAGGACACGCUCCUCUACCUGGGCCCCAGGUUCAACACCCUGGCCUCCAUCUGCAACACCGCAGACCUCAGCGCAUCCUAAGCCCAUCUUGCCCUCACCCUCUGGGGCAAAAGGCUCUGCCAGGACUGGCUAGAUAGCAUUGGCAUAGCAGGCUAGGUCACCGGCCACAUUCCUGGAUUAUAAACUGGACUGGAUCACUCAUUCUUCAAAUGAGGUAGAACAGCAAACUUGCUCUUGCAAAAUCUGGAAGCAGUGUCAUUUUUUUUUUUUUUUUACAAAAACCAUCAAAUGCACACAGGACUAUGAAGAUCAGUGAUCAAUCAAUACAAAGACCAAGAUGGAACUCAGUGUUGAAAGGAGAACAAUGAAAUCGACCACUGAGAACACACACAGAGAGAGACAUGUAGUGGGAAAAUACUUGCAUGGCAUUGACUUGGCUCUGUGCUUUUAUGAAUGCGAUGGCUGCAAUUUAGAGGUGAAUUAACAGUGAACAUACCACACCAUCGCUUACCUCUUUAUUCUUCAGAAAAUACAUUGAGUCAGAAUAGUGUAAUAUUGUUUUCUACGAUGGUUAUGAUGAUGAUUCCCAAAUCAAAUUGUAUUUUUCACACGCUUCGUAAACAACAGGUGUAGACUAACAGUGAACUGCUUACUUACGGGCCCUUCCCAACAAUGCAGUGAAACAAUAUAUACAUAGUAGAAAAAAAUUGAACAAAAAGUAUAAAAACAAUAACACAAGGAAUAAAUAGACAAGUAAUUAAAGCUUGGCUAUAUACACGGAUUACCAGUACCGAGUCAAUGUGCAGGGGUACGAAGUAAUUGAGGUAGAUAUGUACAUACAGGUAGGGAUAUAGUGACUAGGCAACAGGAUAGAUAAUAAACAGUAACUAACAGCAGUGUAUGGGGUGAGUCAAAAGAGAUUAGCGCAAAAAUAAUCAAUGCAGAUAUUCCGGGUAGCUAUUGGUUAACUGUUUAACUAUUUAGAGGUCUUUUAGCUUGGGGGUAGAAGCUGUUCAGGGUCCUGUUGGUUCCAGACUUGCCGUGCGGUAGCAGAGAGAACAGUCUAUGAUUUGGGUGGCUGGAGUCUUUGACAUUUCUUAGGGUAUUCCUCUGACACCGCCUGGUAUAGAGGUCCUGGAUGGCAGGGAGCUCGGCCCCAGUGAUGUGCUGGUCCGUACACACUACCCUCUGUAGCGCUUUGUGGUCGGAUGCCAAACAGUUGCCAAACCAAGUGGUGAUGCACCCCGUCAAGAUAUUCUCAAUGGUGCAGCUGUAGACAUUUUUGAGGAUCUGAGAGCCUAUGCCAUGCCAAAUCUUUUCAGCCUCCUGAGGAGGAAGAGGUGUUGUCGGCCCUCUUCACAGCUGUGUUGAUGUGUGUGGACCAUGAUAGUUCCUAAGUGAUGUGGACUCCGAGGAACUUGAAGCCCUCAACCUGUUCCACAACAGCCCCAUCUAUAUACAUGGGGGCAUGCUUGAAUUACCAAUGAAAGCUUGGGUUGAAAGUUUUGCGCUGAAGUCUGGUUGAUUUAUUUGUUUGUGUUGGUGUUGGCUUUGAAUGUAUAUUCUAUAAGUGUUUUUUGGUAUCUAAAUAAAGGUUUUACGUUCAUUUCGUUUUA